CGGUGUGUGUAAAAUGUGGAAUAUCGAAAGAAAUUUAUGCUUACAUGCCAUAACGUUUUAUUUAAGGAUAUGACACAUUAAAGCCAGUAUUUUUCCCCACAUCUUUUUAUUGCUUAAAGGUGGGAAAGGUUUUUAUUCCUGGACUGCCAGCCCCCUCCCUGACAAUGUCUGCCACGAUGCCUCGGCCCAGCACUCCACUUGACAGUGUUGGUACUCCUAAGCCUCUUAGUAAACUACUUGGAUCCUUGGAUGAGGUGGUUCUGUUCUCCCCAGUUCCAGAACUGAGGGAUUCUUCAAAACUUCAUGAUUCUCUCUAUAAUGAGGAUUGUACUUUCCAGCAGCUUGGAACUUACAUUCAUUCUAUAAGAGAUCCUGUCCGUAACAGAGUAACUCUGGAAUUGAGUAAUGGCUCCAUGGUUAGGAUCACUAUUCCUGAAAUUGCCACCUCUGAAUUAGUGCAAACAUGUUUGCAAGCAAUUAAGUUUAUCCUGCCAAAGGAAAUAGCUGUUCAGAUGCUUGUCAAGUGGUACAGUGUCCACAGUGCUCCGGGAGGACCCAGUUAUCAUUCCGAGUGGAAUUUAUUUGUGACUUGUCUCAUGAACAUGAUGGGUUAUAACACAGACCGCUUAGCAUGGACCAGAAAUUUUGACUUUGAAGGAUCACUUUCCCCAGUCAUUGCACCCAAAAAAGCAAGGCCUUCUGAGACAGGAUCUGAUGAUGACUGGGAGUAUUUACUAAAUUCAGACUACCACCAGAAUGUUGAGUCUCAUCUUUUGAAUAGAUCUUUAUGUUUAAGUCCUUUGGAAGUUUCACAGAUGAAGGAUGAGGAUUUUUCACAGAAUCUCAUUCUGGAUUCUUCUACACUUCUGUUUACUCAUAUACCUGCAAUUUUUUUUGUUCUUCACCUUGUCUAUGAGGAGCUUAAGUUGAAUACUCUAAUGGGAGAAGGAAUUCGUUCACUUGUUGGCCUUCUUGUUCAGUUGGCAAGGUAA